AUGUCUUGUUUGGACUGUUCCUGUAUUCUACGUACACCAGUUGAGUCGAUCAGACCAGAAGAGCUGUCUCAGAGCAGUGUCCAUGAAUGCCUGGCUGAUUCUGAUCUAGCCUGGAUUCCCCCGUCCACAGGAAGGAAUGAAAUGGUAUUUUGCUCUUCUAAUGUCUCUCACUAUGAACUCCAGCUGGAAAUAGGAAGGAGGUUCAACAACUUAACUUCAGUCUACCUUGCACGCCAUACGCCAACAGGCAUGCAAGUUGCAGUAAGGAUCACAGACCUAGAAAAUUGCUCUGAAGAGCAUUUGAAAGCCUUACAGAAUGAGGUGGUUUUAUCCCACUUUUUCCAGCAUCCCAACAUAAUGACACUUUGGACAGUGUUUACAGCUGGUAGUUGGCUUUGGGUCAUCUCCCCAUUCAUGGCUUAUGGUUCAGCUAGACACCUGCUUAAGACUUACUUUCCUGAAGGAAUGAGUGAACCUUUGAUAGGGAACAUUCUGUUUGGUGCAAUCAGAGGAUUAAAUUACAUGCACCAGAAUGGCUACAUUCACAGGAAUAUUAAAGCUAGCCACAUUCUGAUUUCAGGGGAUGGGCUGGUUUCUCUCUCUGGCUUAAACAACCUCUACAGUUUAGUUGACAAUGGACAAAAGUCAAAGGUGGUAUAUGAUUUCCCUCAAUUUAGUACAUCUGUGCUUCCUUGGCUGAGUCCUGAACUACUGAGACAGGAUUUGUCUGGGUAUAACAUGAAGUCUGACAUAUACAGUGUGGGAAUUACAGCAUGUGAAUUAGCUAAUGGUCAUGUUCCAUUUCAAGAUAUGCCUCGCACUCAGAUGCUGCUGCAAAAGCUGAAAGGUCCCACAUAUUGUCCUUGGGAUAUAAAUACCUUUCCCCGUGGGGAAUCCAGGAUGAAGAAUUCCCGAUCAGGUGUCGAUUCUGGAAUUGGUGAGAGCAUGACACGCACAAUGACCAGUGAAAGACUACAAAUUCCCUUUUCCAAAACAUUUUCACCUGCUUUCCACAACUUGGUUGAACUUUGCUUGCAACAGGACCCUGAGAAAAGGCCAUCAGCAAGCAGUUUGCUUUCGCAUACGUUCUUCAAACAGAUAAAAGAACAAACACAGAAUUCACUACUGUCUCUAUUACCACCUCCUAUUCAAAAUAACGGAUCGGAGUUCUUGGCACUGCCUUCAACAGCAGUUGGGACUGAACUUGGACAUAUUAUUGCAAAUGAAGAUGAUACAGCUUGGGAAUUCUAAAUAAAUACCAAACAAUCAUACCUCUCUCUCCUGUGCUUCAAAGAAGGAAAAUGUGAUUUGUAUUUGCUGCUUUAGUUUGUAUGGUUAAAAUACAAUUAGACAAGGUAUACUUGAAAAUGCCAUCGAAGUGGCUGUUAUUUCAUUAACUACUUCCUCUGCUGGCAUCAUGAAGUGCAGCAUGCCUCACUUUCUGCCCAUAAGGGAAACUGUAUAUAGAGAAGGGCUGAAU